CCAACUUGGCCCCGCCCAUCACCCCCCAUCACCCCCCCCCUCUCCCGGCCUCUCCGCUGUAGCGAUCUUGUGUGGAGGCCGACCGCCGUCUCGUGAUCCAGGAAGACUUCUCUCUCGGCGAACAGCGGACAGUCGUGUCGAGUUAAGAAGCCGGAGGAGACACCCGCCGACGGUCAGCCAUGGCCACGUACCAGGAGUUCAUCUCCCAGGGCGAGGAGCGCGACGGCGUGCGCUUCAGCUGGAACGUGUGGCCCUCGAGCCGCAUCGAGGCCACCAAGCUGGUGGUGCCCCUCGGCGGGCUCUACACGCCGCUCAAGGAGCGGCCCGACCUCCCGCCCGUGCAGUACGAGCCGGUGCUUUGCAGCCGCGCCACGUGCCGUGCCGUCCUCAACCCGCUGUGCCAAGUGGAUUACAACGCGAAGCUGUGGGCAUGCAACUUUUGCCUUCAAAGAAAUCCGUUUCCACCUACGUACGCUGGGAUUUCAGAAGUGAACCAACCUGCAGAGCUCGUACCUCACUUCUCCACCAUUGAAUACAUCGUACAGCGCGGCACCACCCUGCCGCCCAUCUUCCUCUACGUGGUGGACACGUGCCUGGAGGACGACGACCUGCAGGCGCUCAAGGAGUCGCUGCAGAUGUCGCUGAGCCUGCUGCCGCCCGCCGCCCUCGUCGGCCUCAUCACGUUCGGCCGCAUGGUUCAGGUGCACGAGCUGGGCGCCGAGGGCAUCGCCAAGAGCUACGUGUUCCGUGGGAGCAAGGACCUGGCGGCCAAGCAGAUCCAGGAUAUGCUCGGGCUGAUGAGACCAGUUGCUUCCCAAGGUGGCCAGGCUCAGCCAGUCCAGCCUCAGCAUUCUCCAGUUCACAACCGGUUUCUUCAGCCAGUGCAGAACAUCGACAUGGCCAUGACGGACCUGCUGGGGGAGCUGCAGAGAGACCCGUGGCCCGUGCAGCAGGGCAAGAGGGCCCUGCGAUCCACCGGCACUGCCCUCUCCAUUGCCGUGGGAUUGCUGGAGUGCACUUUUCCCAACGCGGGUGCCCGGAUCAUGCUGUUCACGGGCGGGCCCCCAACACAAGGGCCUGGCAUGGUCGUUGGCGAGGAGCUGAAGACGCCCAUCCGUUCCUGGCACGAUAUUGAGAAGGACAAUGUCAAACACAUGAAGAAAGCAACCAAGCACUUUGAAGCUUUGGCAAACCGUGCCACGGUCAACGGCCAUGCCAUUGACAUCUACGCCUGUGCGCUGGACCAGACCGGUCUGCUGGAGAUGAAGUGCUGCCCCAACCUCACUGGCGGCUACAUGGUGAUGGGCGAUUCCUUCAACACGUCGCUCUUCAAGCAGACCUUCCAGCGAGUGUUUGGCAGGGACUUCCAAGGAAACCUGCGCAUGGCUUUUGGAGCUGUCCUCGAAGUCAAGACAACGCGAGAGCUUAAGGUGUCUGGAGCCAUCGGUCCUUGCGUCUCGCUGAACACCAAGGGGCCCUGCGUGUCUGAGAACGAGAUGGGCAUCGGCGGUACGUGCCAGUGGAAGAUCUGCUCGCUGGAUUCCAGCACUACCCUGGCCAUCUACUUUGACAUUGUCAACCAGCACAACGCUCCGAUCCCGCAGGGCGGGCGCGGCGCCGUGCAGUUCGUGACGCAGUACCAGCACUCGAGCGGCCAGCGCCGCAUCCGCGUCACCACCAUCGCCAGGAACUGGGCGGACACGCAGACGCAGCUGCAGCACAUCUCGGCGUCGUUCGACCAGGAGGCAGCAGCCGUGGUGAUGGCGCGUCUGGGCGUGCACCGCGCCCACUCCGAGGAGGGCCCCGACGUGCUACGCUGGCUCGACCGCCAGCUCAUCCGCCUGUGUCAGAAGUUUGGGGAGUACAGCAAGGACGACACGAGCUCCUUCAGACUCUCGGAAUCCUUCUCCCUCUUCCCGCAGUUCAUUUUCCACCUGCGGAGGUCGCCGUUCCUGCAGGUGUUUAACAACAGCCCCGACGAGUCGUCCUACUACCGGCACCACUUCGUGCGCCAGGACCUGACGCAGUCGCUCAUCAUGAUCCAGCCCAUCUUGUACGCCUACUCCUUCAGCGGACCCCCCGAGCCCGUUCUGUUGGACAGCAACAGCAUUCUGCCAGACCGCAUCCUCCUGAUGGACACGUUCUUCCAGAUUCUCAUCUACCACGGGGAGACGAUCGCACAGUGGCGGAAGGCAAACUACCAGGACCAGCCCGAGUACGAGAACUUCCGGCAGCUGCUGAAGGCUCCCCUGGAUGACGCCCAGGACAUCCUGCAGACGCGCUUCCCCAUGCCGCGCUACAUCGACACGGAGCACGGGGGCAGCCAGGCCCGGUUCCUGCUGUCAAAAGUGAACCCUUCACAGACGCACAACAACAUGUACGGCUGGGGACAGGAGUCUGGCGCGCCCAUCCUCACAGACGACGUCAGCCUGCAGGUCUUCAUGGACCACCUCAAGCGCCUGGCGGUGUCCAGUGCCAACUAGGAUGCGAGAUAAUAACGGAGCUUGCGGACUCACGCUCGACGCUAGGGUUGUCACCUGCGCGCGGUAUAUGUAUAAAAAAAAUAAACGAACGGGACAUAUCUUUGGAAGAGGAAUCUCACGAGAUCGUUAUAAAGAGGGAAGAGCCACGCUUGAGUGCAAUCGUGUUCAGGGUUUCAUUGCAGAUGGGGCUGAGCUCCAGAAAGUAUUUCCCCCCCAGCAUGCAGGGGGUUUUUGCGAACAUCGAAAAAUAUGUCCACGAGUAAUUAAACCCUGGAUGUAUUAUAAUAAUAAUUGUUAUUAUGCAUCUGAAAAGAAUAGGGGACUUUUGACUUUUGAUGUCUCGGGAAGACUUAGCAGGUUUCGGAAUUCCCACAGAUUUUACCGGGACGUGCAGAGGUCGAUUCUGGGGGGUGGUGGGUAACCAGGGACAGGUGGCAACCCUAGCCAAGACUCGCGGACGAUUCGCGGCCACGUGAAUCAACGGGGGGGGGGGGGGGGGGGCGGGGGGCGGCUGUCUGCUUGUGACUACUUUGGUAAAAACGAUGGUGGUUUUCAUCGUUAAUGUUUUUCCACACACUGUACUUCGCGGUGGCGCUGCUUUGCUUCUUUUGUUCUAAAGAAGCCAGGGUAUGAAAGGUUGCGUUCACCUCUCUCCCGGGCGCACGCCACGAUUCCCCAGUGCCAUCCGAAUUACGGUUUUCUUGCGGACAGUUGUCGUCCGUAUGACGGAGCAAUACUGGCUGCACACUGACCAAACACACGCCAGGGUGACCAAACGCCCGCUUACAGAAACGUGUCUUUCCAUGUAGUUUAUUUAAAUGUAACUUAAUACUGUAAUAGGAACAGUAUUUAAUUAAGUCAAUGAUAGCACACUUGUUUUAGCACCGGAUGAAUUUUUUUUUUUGAAAUGUUCAUAAGAGUAUCGUAAUUGUUUUAGAUGUUUAAAAUUACAUGGAAAUUAUUAUUAUUAUUAUAUGAAAUGACCUUCAGCAUUUUAAAUGUUUUACCGUUUCUACGUAGUGUGAGGGUCAUCAGACAAAAUAAAACCGAAUGAAAUGGAA